CCAGUCGAAUAAAAUCAGAUGGUAUCCGUUCCGUUCACACCUUAUUAUUUUGAUUUUCCCAAUUUUUGACCGCCGAAACGGGCCAUCACUUUGGUCUUUGCGUCGAAACUGCAGCAGACGUCACUACCGAUCGGCAAUGAGGUGAUAAAUCGCCACGGAACGCGUGAAAGUGCAGUUGCCAAAUGAUGAGUAAGAAGUCGAGCAAGAGGGCGCCGACAACCGCUGAGGAGCAGCCAGCCUGUUCCUCAAGUUCCGGAGGCGCUAAUGGCAGACCACAGAAUCGAUUGUGGAACAGACACUCAAUCCAGCGACUGCUGUACCGAUCACUCCCUAGCAGAAUGCGAACCAACACUCACAGAUCUGCUUCGAGGAAAAGCCAAGCUAAAGAGACUGCAACUAAAUCCACAUCUACAGCAGAAGUGCAGAGCAUUGAAGUUGUGACUCACUCGCCUUCAGGUUCGCCCACUUCACAGCACAAAACCCUGCCCCUUUCUCCUCUACCGUCGCCAGCAUCGACUCCAUCGUCAUCUUCGGAACUCCAUCCACUGCCCCAGGAAAAGUCCACUAAAAAUAUCCAGAACCUGGAAUGUCCAUUGUGUUUGUCUGAACUGCCCGAGCCGUGCUUCCCGUCGCUUUCGACAUGUGAGCACAGGUCCUGUUACGACUGCUUGCAGCAAUACUUGAAAGUGGAAAUAUCAGAGUCUCGUACAUCCAUAGCGUGUCCCGAGUGCUCUGAGCGUCUGCAUCCCAAUGAUGUGAGGAUGAUACUCAACAACUCGGCAAUUUACAAUAAAUAUGAAGAUUUCAUGGUUCGCCGAGUGCUCGCAAUCGACCCUGACACUCGCUGGUGUCCUCAGCCCGACUGUGGCUUUGCAAUCAUAGCUAGUGGGUGUGCCAGUUGCCCGAAAAUUAAAUGCCAACGACCAGGGUGCCCAGGCGUGUUUUGCUAUCACUGCAAGGCAGACUGGCACCCAAAUCAGACCUGUGAUGCUGCGAGGACACAAAGGAAACCUACCGCAACCGAUCCUGCCGGCUCAGGAGGUGUUUCGGCCUCAUUUCAGCCAUCGUCUUCUCCCUCUUUAUUUGGAUUGUCCACCUCAAGAGAUUCCGACAUUAAGCCAUGCCCGAGGUGUUCAGUGCUGAUUGUGAAAAUGGAUGAUGGCUCGUGCAAUCACAUGACAUGUGCUGUUUGUGGAGCUGAAUUUUGCUGGCUUUGUAUGAAGGAAAUAAGUGACCUUCAUUACUUGAGCCCGUCUGGAUGCACAUUUUGGGGUAAGAAGCCUUGGUCAAGGAAGAAAAAGAUUCUUUGGCAGUUGGGAAUGUUAGUUGGAGCCCCCGUAGGAAUUGGCCUGGUUGCAGGAAUUGCCUUGCCUGCUAUGACCAUUGGAAUUCCUGUGUGGGUUGGGAGGAAGUUGUAUGGCAGAUAUAGAUAUUUGAGCAAGCACAAGAGGAAUUUGAUCAUCACCAGUGGCGUCAUUGCUUCGAUAUUUGUGUCGCCGUUUGUUGCUCUCACCGUUGUAAGCAUUGGAGUGCCAAUCCUCCUUUUUUACAUUUACGGAGUAGUGCCAGUUUCCCUUUGCCGUUCUGGAGGCUGUGAUGUGUCCACGAGUGGGUCUGGAUUCCACUUUGACUUUGAUGACUAUAGUGACGCCGAUGAGGAUGAAGACGGCGAUGAUGGCAGUGAUAGGAAAAGCAAUGGUGCGGAGGGGAAACGAAGACAUCACAUGGUCACUACCGAACUUGGUGCUAGACUGGGAUAUAGAGGAGGCAAUAUUGCAGAUGCUGUGCCUACGGACUCGUCAAGUAACAAGGGAACAAACCCUUCAAUUGGUGAAGCUUCUCUGUCCAUGGAUUCAGGAAGUCAUGUUGUGGAGCACGAUGAUGACGAAGAAACAGACAAGGCAGCUGGAAGCAAACUUGAAACAAAAAAAAAGAGGGGCCAGAGCAUGGAAAUUCAAGCGGACGUUCAAGCUCAUCGCCAUAGUUUGUGCAGCGAGGAAACUAUUGGUUCGGAAAAAUCAGGGAACACAUUAGAUGAUGGCGCUGCCUCUACCAGGGCUCUUGCAGGCUCCAUUUUGAGCUACAAGGUCGUUUGUGAAACUGGCAGCAAGACCGUCCCUGUGGCUGACGCAAGCAUAGAAGUGCACCAAAAUCAGCCAAGCAGCAGUACUCCGCUGCACAGAGAAAAGCGCGUGCUCCUGGAAGAGGCCAGGUCCAAAAAGUCCCAAGAAGGUUCAGAUAUAAGCCUCGAGCAUGUUCGUUUUGACGACAACGUAAGUGUGUACAAUGAAAUCGGCUAUGAAAAAGCGUCUUCAGUUUCCCGCUCUCCGUCUUUGAGGGACGGCAAAAAAUCACCCUCUGGAAGUUUAAGAAGCUCCACCUCUGUUGGCAGGGCCAUCAGACACCUGUUGAUGAGCUCGAGGAAAGAAAAAAUUGACCCAGAACAAUUGGCUUAAAAAUAAUACUAUGCAGCCACAAGGUGAUAUUGUCAAGACUUGCAAUUCCUUGUUCUCUGACACAAUUUAGCAGACAAAUUAGACGGUGGGUGUCAAAAUGAACACAAUUUCCAUGUCAUUACUGUAAUGUUCAACGUGAUAAGCUCAAUAUCUCAAAUUAUUAGGGCUGUCGCUGUUUAUCAUUAUCAAGAAACAAAAGAGCAAUGUCUACCGUUGACUUCUGCAUUGAGGAAAAUCGGUUUUGGUUUAAGAAAUUUCAAAUCUGAUUCUCACAGUGUCUGACGAACACUUAAAAGUGAUAAUUAUCGCUCAUUAAAGAUCAAAAGUAAAAUGCCUAGUCCACAAACCUUAAAAAAUGCGGCAAGCUAGAUGUUACUGUAUUCUAAAACGCAGAUGGUCUUCUUGCUCUGUGUUUGCUUCCGUGGCUUAAUCAUUUAAUCAGGAGUUUGUAAAUAAGCAAAAAGAGCUUAUCAAAUUACUGUUAAGUAAAUAAAACUGAAAUUGGAGCAUUAUUAUUCACAUCGUUGUAUAAAACAUGUGUAUGUAUAGGUCGCAGAAAGAUGGAAUUUUUCGAACUUUUCUUAGAUUGUUCCUGUAGCACAACAUUAAUAAUAAGCAGCUCUCGGAGAGAAGUUUGGAGCAACUGAAUGUGAUUUGAAUAGAUAUUACAUCUUCAUUCACUGUCUUCAAUGAUUUAAUCUUAUAACAUUGCGUAAUUUUCAAAAUUUGUAAUUAUAAUAUGUAAUGGUAUUUUUGUUAUGCUUCAAAUAUAUAACAUUUCAACGGUAA